CUUGGUCAUGACGAUGAGAAUUACGCAAGCAUAUCAGUUGGUAAAUGCAGAUACAUUGUGUGGGUGGCGGUUUACGGGCUUGGAAACAGAAUACUCACUCUUGCAUCUGUCUUCCUCUAUGCUCUCUUGACAAACAGAGUCGUUCUUGUUGAUCAAAGCAAAGACAUUAGUGAUCUCUUCUGCGAGCCGUUUCCAGGUACUUCAUGGUUACUCCCUCGUGACUUCCCACUGAUGAAGCAGAUUGAUGGAUACAACAAGGAGUACUCUCGUUGUUACGGAACAAUGUUGAAUAAUCAUGCCAUUAGCACAAACUCAACCCCACGGCAUCUUUAUCUUCAUAUCUUACAUGAUUCAAGAGAUGAAGAUAAAAUGUUCUUUUGCACAAAGGAUCAAGAUAUGAUCGAUAAGGUUCCUUGGUUGAUAGUCAAAGCCAACGUCUACUUUGUUCCAUCUCUGUGGUUUAAUCCAACUUUUCAGACCGAACUGAUGAAGCUAUUCCCUCAGAAAGAAGCAGUGUUUCAUCACUUGGCUCGCUAUCUUUACCACCCCACCAAUCAAGUUUGGGGUAUGAUCACUAGGUACCACGAUGCUCACUUAGCCAGAGCAGACGAUAGGCUCGGGAUUCAAAUACGUGUGUUCAGCGACAAAGCGGGAUACUUCCAACACGUCAUGGACCAGAUCUUGUCAUGCACGCAAAGAGAGAAGCUAUUACCAAAAGUAGUCUCACAAGAAGAGUCAAAGCUCAAUAUGUCUGAAAGCCAGAAACUCAAAGCUGUUCUUGUCACAUCUCUGUAUCCAGAGUACGCUGAUCGCCUCAAGAACAUGUUUUGGGAACAACCUAGCUCAACAGGAGAGUUAAUCGAAGUUUAUCAACCAAGUGGAGAAAGGUAUCAGCAGACUGAUAACAAGCUUCACGACCAAAAGGCCUUGGCUGAGAUGUAUCUUCUGAGUUUGACGGAUAACAUUGUCACAAGCGCAAGGUCCACGUUCGGAUACGUUGCACAUAGUUUAGGAGGUUUAAAGCCUUGGUUACUCUAUCAACCAAGGGAUGCUUCAGCUCCUGAUCCGCCGUGUGUUCGAUCCACGUCAAUAGACCCGUGUCACCUUACUCCUCCUUCUCAUGGAUGUGAUGCUGAUUGGGGAACUGACUCAGGGAAGGUUGUUCCUUUUGUAAAGCAUUGUGAGGAUCGAGACAAUGAUGGUCUGAAGCUAUUUGAUGAGUUAUAAUAGUUCUUGUUUAUUAUAGCUUUAUUUCAUUUGAUUAUUGCGUUACUGAAACAGAGGAUCAGUGUUGUCCUUCUCGUCUAUAAUAAUCAUUCAUAUGAUCUUUACACUUUACAGUUUUACAAUUCUAUCUAAAUUUUGGAAACAAAUCAUUACAAUAGAUCAUAGAUGAUGUGGUAACAUAUCUUAUUUUUGGCAAAUACAGAAACAUAUUUAAAUUAAUUAAACAUGGUAAAUAAUAAAUAUGACAUGUAACAAUCUUAUUGGGUAAGUGAUUUUUUUAUUAUUUCCUAACAUUUUUUAAGACUUAAGACUUUUUAGUUAUGCAUUAAGAUUUGAAGAUAUUGUAGUCAAGUAUACCUCUUAGAGCUCUUCAUCUUGUGACGGUCACAAAAUGAGAGCCCACUCGCAUCUCCUUCAUCCAAAACUCAGAUUCAACAUGAAGAAACUGGAAGACAACAUCUCGUUUAAGAUCUCAGGUAUGACGAAGCUCACAAUAACAUUCGCCACAUGCUUAGUACUUUCAAUGGUGCUACUACUACCAUCUUACAACAUCUCCAACCUUCACAAGUCUCAUCUUACAACCACAGGAGGCCUUCUUGCAACAGGUUUUGAUGAGGAAUCUUGCUUGAGUAGGUACCAUCAAUCAUCUUUACGCAAACCUUCACCAUUCAAACCAUCUACAAACCUUGUCUCUAAGCUAAGAAGCUACGAGAUGCUUCACAAGCGUUGCGGUCCAAACACAGAUGCUUACAAGAGAGCUACAAAGCGGCUUGGUAACAACAACAAUGUAAUAAACAGCAACGGUGAUGAUUGUCAGUACGUAGUGUGGACGCCUAUGUUCGGUCUAGGAAACAGAAUACUUUCCAUGGUCUCUGUCUUCACCUAUGCUCUCAUAACAGAUAGAGUCAUGCUUGUCGACCAAAGGAACGAUAUAACCGACCUCUUCUGUGAGCCUUUUCCCGGUACUUCCUGGUUACUUCCUUUAGAUUUUCCAUUGACUGAUCAGAUAGAUAGCUUCAACCGUACGCAUUCGCAUUGUUACGGUACCAUGUUGAAGAAUCAUACCGUUAACACAACUACAAGACCGUCACAUCUUUAUAUUGAUAUCUUCCAUGACUCAAGGGAUCAUGAUAAGAUGUUCUUCUGUGAAGAGAACCAAGCUUUCAUCAAGAACGUCCCUUGGCUAGUAGUGAAAUCUAAUCUUUACUACGCUCCAUCUCUAUGGUUGAUACCUAGCUUUCAGACCAAACUCAUCAAGCUGUUCCCACAGAAAGACACAGUCUUCCACCACUUGAGCCAUUAUCUUUUCCACCCGACAAACCAAGUUUGGGGAAUGGUCACAAGAUCCUACAACGCUUACUUAUCAAGAGCUGACGAAGUACUAGGUCUUCAAAUAAGAGUGUUCAGCACGCCAGCUGGUUAUUUUCAGCACGUGAUGGACCAAAUCAUGUCAUGCACACAAAGAGAGAAGCUCUUGCCUGAACUAGCUACAAAAGGAUCACAAAAUAUAACGAAGACACUGAGACUCAAAGCUGUUCUCGUCACAUCUCUGCAUCCAGAGUACUCUGAUGAGCUAAAGAACAUGUUUUUAGAACGGCCUAGUUCAACGGGAGAGAUCAUUGAAGUGUAUCAGCCAAGUGGAGAAAGGGUUCAACAAACAGACAAGAAGGUGCACGACCAAAAGGCACUCGCGGAGAUCUAUCUUCUGAGUUUAACUGAUAAGCUUGUGACAAGCACAAGGUCUACGUUUGGAUACGUAGCUCAAGGUCUAGGAGGAUUAAAGCCAUGGAUACUCUACGAGCCAAGGCACAACAAAGCUCCUGACCCGCCGUGUGUUAGGGCCAUGUCUAUGGAGCCUUGUUCUCUUAAAGCACCAAUCUCUGCUUGUCAAGCUGAGACAAUCAAAACCACCCCUUUUGUUAAGUACUGUGAGGACCGGAUCACAGGGAUUAAGCUAGUUGAUGAACUUUGAUUGUAACCCUUCAUUAAUGUUACCUACCAAACUUUCUAAAAACUCAAAAUAAUCACCAAAGUUUGUAACCCAUUGAAUGCAUAUAAAUCAGGUUAGCCUUUAUCAUUUAUGUAUGCAUGGGUUAAUAUGUCGCAUUCUAAAGUUCACUUAUCUAAUUAAGAAAAAUAGAAUAUGCAAAAAAAAAAAAACGUUACAGAACAAGUAAUGCAUUAAACUUUGGAAGUAAAUAUGAAGAUAACGAUUCAAGCAUACCCGUGUAGCUCU